GGUACUAGUAUGUUCGUCGGAAGCAACAAACAAAUUAUGUAUGUGCUGUAGUAGUACAGAAACAAGAUGUUAGGUGCGAACGAGUAGCUUUCAAUGGGUGAAGCUCAAAUCCUUGUAACGAUGCUACAACCUACUGUGUAGUAUUGUAUUCUUCCGAAACAUGAUGGAAGGGGCGUUCUUUUUUCUCCUUCUCUGCCUGAAGACGCUAACAGUACCUGUAGAAUCCUUUCCGGCUUCGUCCUUGUCACAUACGAAGAUAUCUGCGGAUGUGACUAUCAGGAGGGAAACAAAAAUCUAUCGAGCAAAAGCGAAUGAUGAUGACGUCGAUCAAAGCACCGAUUCUUCUUCAUUAAUACCAACUGAAGCGGUUGAAUUUGAUUGGAAAGCAAUUGCAAAUCACGUCUUUGAUGAAUCGGUCGAAUCUGCUGAGACCCUUCACUCAAAGCCCAUCAUUUUGUUCGAUGGAGUUUGUAACCUUUGCAAUGGAGGUGUCAAUUACGCAAUCGAUCACGAUAAAAACGGGAAAUUUCGGUUUGCGUCCCUUCAGUCCAAUGUCGCAAAAUCUUUAUUGCUACGAGACGGAAAAGAUCCAUUCACAACGUCGGAUGUUGUGCUCGUUACCGCAGAAAAGAAUUAUUAUUCCUCCGAGGCCGUCGCAAGAAUAAUGGCUUCCUUGGACUUGCCAGUAUUGAAAUUACUUGGUAAUUUGGGACAAAUUACGCCUUCUUUUGCCAGGAAUUUCAUAUACAAAAUAGUCUCUGGCAAUCGUUUCGUUUUGGGCGAGAAUGAUUCCUGUCGGAUGGAUUUUGAUGGGGAAUACACGUGGAGAUUUGUUUCCGACCCGCCAGAAUCUAUUAGUUCACUUACCGAAGAAGACAAGAACGCCGGAGAAUAAAUCUCUACAAGAGGAAAGGCAGCGAAAGAUCGUACCCUUACACAAGGCAUAGAAAGAAGGAAGCAGAUUUGUUGUACAUUUUCUAGGCUUUGAAACUUCAUGUCUAAAUCAGAAAAGGAUGAUUCUGUUGAUCGUUGCUUCUUUUUCUGAUUUGAUUUCCAUGGAACGACGAACCGGAGUUGCAGUCAACAGUCCAUGUGGCAUUUGGUUCACUCAUCAUUGAGUGCUCGCAAAUCGUCUUCAGAGCACCUGCUUUAGAAUUGAAUCAGGCCAGGUGGUAAGGGAGCGCUACAUCCGACAACAGAAGAAAAGUCAAGAUGUCACGAAGACACACUGAUAUCAUGUGUUGAUUUUUCUGAUGUUGUCCCUAGAAGAUCUAAGAUUUAUGCCACAUCAAAUUUGAGAAUUUAUCGCGUGCAACGUUCUUGUUGGUAUUCUCUUCAAUACAUCCCAGUUUUUAAUGCGAAGGUUUACAGCUGCACGCUAUAUUGUCAUCAAAUCGCCACAUACCGUGGUGAAAUAAUUGAGUAUUUCGCGAAGACGUUUUCGUUAAUCCGUAGAAUAAAAUUCAACAAAAACC